CCGGUGCAACUCACCCAUUGCGAGUGCGCCACUCGACGCGUGGUCCGCCCAUUGCUCCGGAGGGGAGACCCUUCGUGGUCCGCCCGUCCGCCCCCGCGUUCGGGGCACGGCGAAGCACCCUAUGGUUCGCCCCAUGGUUCCAUGCGCGUGGCUCGGGGAUUGGACGAGGUCUUGCUCCAGUUGCAAGGGGCAAGCCAGAGAGCCUACCGGAUUGCCAUUGGCACGCUGCAAAAGAGCAGCCAGUGGAAAGAAGCGUUGGCCGUCUUUGAGCACUUUCAAUCGAGAGGAUCCGAGACGGAGACCCAGCUGUGCAAUGCUGCCUUGGGGGCUGCGGCGGCAGGCGCGGCCUGGCGCCGGGCGCUCCACGUCUUUGCCCAGACCCCGUCGCCGGAUGCGUCGAGCUACACCAACGCGGUGACGGCCAUGGCCCGCGCAGAGAGGUGGAUCGAGGCUUUGCAGCUCUUCCGCCGCUUGCCGGAAGGUAAAAUGGACCUGCCGGCACGGCUGCUGGGAAUCCAGCUGAAUGGUAUCUUGGGCCACCACAAGGCGGCUCUGGCACUCAAGCCAGAUUCCGGUCGCUUCAAUGUGAAGAUCUACAAUGCUUGCAUCUCAGCCUUGGCCACCAUGCCUGCGUCCAAUGCCCGUGAUGCACUGGCUGCUCGCUUAGCGGUGAAGGAGCUGCUCCUCGAAAUGAGACAGCGAGUAAUGUUUACUCGGGUGAGCUACGGUGCAGCUCUACAAGCCUUCAGCAAGAACAGCGGAUGGGAGGAGGCGCUGGAUCUCUUGCAGGAGAUGUCCACAGUGAGGCUCCCUCCUGAUGCACAG